UCCUUCACCGAGAUCUCCUCGUUCCGCAGUUGUCCAUCAGCUGCAGGCUGCAGCGGUAGCUGUUAGCGAUGUUGGUGUAAUAGCCUCCAUAGAGUACACACUCAGUUUUCGGGCUUUGUUUUUCCCAAACAGGAACCAGUUUACUCACUGUGCACGGAGAGGUGUUUUGCCAAUUGGACAAACAGACCAUGGAUUACAAGAGCGUCGUCUACAAUGCGGCGCGCGAUGGCAACCUUAAUAGGCUAAAGAUUUAUCUACAUAGUAAUAAAGGAAAAGAUGAAGUCUCCAUGCUGGUAGCGGCUAAAACCUCCGGUGUAACACCCCUGGUCAUAGCAUGCAGGAAUGGGCACUACGAUGUUGCAGAAUACCUGAUUACUCGUUGUCACGCGGACAUUGAGCAACCAGGCUCUGUUAUAUUCGAUGGAGAGACGAUAGAAGGAGCGCCACCUUUAUGGUGUGCGGCCGCCGCGGGACACCUUAACAUCGUCGAAUUGCUGAUAUUAAAGGGGGCUCAUGUGAACAGCACAACAAGGACGAACUCCACGCCCUUGCGAGCUGCUUGUUUCGAUGGGCAUUUAGACAUAGUAAAAUAUUUGGUCUGCAAUGGGGCCGAUAUCGAAGUUGCCAACAGGCAUGGACACACAUGCUUGAUGAUAGCUUGUUACAAAGGACACAUUCGCAUAGCCAAGUAUCUAUUAAGUUUGAGUGCCAGCGUGAAUAGAAAGAGCGUUAAGGGUAAUACAGCUUUGCAUGAUUGUGCAGAGUCAGGUAGCCUUGAGAUCCUCAAGUUGCUCAUCGAGAAUGGCGCAACUAUGGACGUUGAUUCAUAUGGUAUGACUCCAUUAUUAGCAGCCGCCGUUACUGGUCAUAGUCACAUAGUGGAAUACCUAAUAAAGCUUCCUCAUUUAGUGCAGAGGUCGGAGAGGAUCGACGCUUUGGAAUUGCUUGGUGCAACAUUUGUGGAUAAGAAGCGCGAUAUGAUUGGAGCUUUAGUUUACUGGAAAAGGGCCAUGGAGGAGAGAUAUCAUGGAAUUGGACCGCCGAUCGUUAAGCAGAAGGCCAAAAAGGUAGCAGCUUAUGAUUACGCAGUUGAAAUAACCGAUCCGGAAGGACUGGAUGACCUUAUGGCCGAUCCCGACGAGAUGCGUAUGCAGGCGUUGGUCAUGAGGGAGCGCAUCCUGGGACCCGCCCAUCCGGAUACCAGUUACUACAUCCGGUAUAGGGGAGCAGUAUACGCGGACGCCGGCAAAUUCAAUCGCUGCAUAGAGUUGUGGAACUACGCUUUGGACAUGCAACAGUCGAUGUUGGAGCGUUUGAAUCCGAUGACGCAGAGCAGCCUGUUCAGUUUCACCGAACUCUUCUCGUUCAUGAUGGGCGAGGAAGGAAAACCGACAACGAGGGGUCGCGUCGUACCACCAGUGGACUUCGAGGAUCUGAUGAAAGUGUUCUACAAGGCGGUCAAAGAAGUGGAAAUGGGAAACCAGAUGCUAGAGAGGAUGCCCAAUGUCGAGCGAGAUGUGACCUACUUGAGUCGCGUUGUCGUUAUCACUCUGCAUUUAGCCUGCCUACUCACCAGACUCUUGGACAAUCCCCGAAGCACUGAAGAGAUGUCAGAGAAGGUACACUCAGCAAUCUACACCUUGGUGAAGUUAAGGGUUCGAAGUAAGCUUGGCCGCACAGCUCUUCAUCUCGCCUGUUGCGUUGAGGCUUCACUGGUAGGAAGAUACCCGGCCUGCCAAUUUCCAUCCCCGCAUUUAGCAGAGGUGUUGCUCAGAGUUGGGGCGGAUCCAAAUGCUCGGGAUGAGGAAGGAAACACACCUCUGCAUUUAGCGGGAAUGGCGAGGCCUUGCCCCGCGAAGAUCUCCCAAGUUCUCCUCGAGCGAGGAGCUCACAUUGACUUAGUUAAUAACAAUGGUGAUACGUUUACUAGUUUAUUAGAAGCGGGACAGCGAGUGCACGAGUUAGUGAAUACGGCCAAGUACACAAGACUCAGUUGUCUGGCGGCACGCGUCAUCAAGCAGUUUAAGAUUCCCUACAAAGGGCACGUCACAUCCUCCCUAGAGCCCUUCAUUCAAAACCAUUGACUUCCUCUAAGUGUUACUAUACUAUACUCUCUGAACAGUGCAAAUAAUAAAUUUAGGUAUUUUAUAAAAACAAACAAAAAAAGAAAUAAUAAUACAAGAAAUCUCUAGAAAUACAACUAUUUUCGAAAAAAAUAUGAAAUAUAUAAUAAGAGUAAGAAUAUAAUAGAGAUUGUGCAUGAUGGGUGUUUCGUAACAAGAAAAAAAUGUAUUCCAUUCUACGUAAUAUUAAUAAGCAAAUAUUUUCGAGGGAAACGAAGGAUGAUGAUGAUGGUAAAUUAUAUACUAUACGAAAGAAGCUUUAGUUAAAUUAUAUUUACACGAUUUAGCGAAAUGUUUAGUGAAAUAUUUUUAUCGCUUGAUUUUUUGCUCAUAGUUAAUCUUUGUAAGCGACGAAAUCGGAGCCUCAUCAAGCUAUCAUAAUUGAACUGAAUUUCAUUCUAAUUUUAGCAUCAAUCUUGAAGAGGUCCGCCAGAAAAUACCUAAACCGGAUAUAUUAACAACUAAACGAUUUGAAGAAAUGGACUCGUAUUCUAUUUUGCACACGAUAUCGACUGAUACAUCUAUACAUAUAUAUAUAUAAAUUAUAUAUACAAUUUAUUUUGUUUAUUUCAUAAUAAUAAUAAUCUGUAAGUUAUUUCAGUUCGCUUGAUCGAUUCUGUUAAAAUUACCUAUAAUUUGGGAAAUGAAUAGUAAGAGAGAGAGACAGAGAAAGAUAGAGGAAUGAGAAAUUUGUGAAAUUGUUAACGAAAAUUUGUGAUAGUGUUUAAGAAGACUAAUACAUGUUUGUACAAGAUCAUAUCUUACGUAAAGAAACAAAUGAUGA